CCUAAAGGCACAGGGAGACAGAAGGAGAGCAGGAGAGAGAGACACACACAAACACACACUCUCACACACACAAAGGGGGAAGAGAGAGCAAGCGAGACAGACACAGGCAGAGAAGACAGUGGAGAGAAAGAGAGAUCCUGAGAGCAGACCUGCGUCUCUAAGUUGGGAUUUUACAGAGUGCAGCCAGCAUGGUCGUCCUCAGCUUAAUAGCUUUGGGAUUUUAUCUUCAGCUUUUCUUCUGCUUUGUUCUAUCUCACACUUCAUUCGUGGACAGCGUCUUCCCCAUUUCAUCAGACCUCCCUUGCUUGGAACAGAAGAAACGAAUUAAUAACAGAGCAUGCUGUCUUCUUGCCCCUCCUCCACCGCCAUUAUUUCCACCACCAUAUUUCAGACAGGGCUGGAAUUCUAAGCUGCUUACCCAUGAUAUGAAAAAUUUAUGUAAAGAACUUCAAAUAAUAGAAGCUUCACGUGAACCAGAAUUCAACUGCCCUUCAGGGCCUCCCGGCCCCCAAGGCCCACAAGGAAUUCCUGGUGUGAUGGGACCAAAAGGAGAAAAAGGGGAAAUUGGCAGACCAGGAAGAAAGGGUAGAUCAGGUCCUCCAGGUGUCCCCGGAAUGCCAGGACCAAUUGGAUGGCCUGGACCAAUGGGACCUAAGGGUGAAAAGGGGGAUUUGGGUGUGAUGGGACUGCCAGGUACAAGAGGACCAAUUGGCUCAAAGGGUUAUCCUGGUACUAGAGGAGAUAAGGGUGCCAGAGGAGAACCAGGUGACAAAGGCCUCAAAGGAGACAAGGGUUAUAUAGGUUUCCCUGGAAUGUUGGGGCAGAAAGGAGAAAUGGGUCCAAAGGGAGAACCUGGAGUGCCUGGGCACAGAGGACCUACUGGAAGACCAGGAAAACGAGGCAAACAAGGGCAAAAGGGAGACAUUGGACCUGCUGGAAUUAUGGGCCCACCUGGCAGGCCUGGUCCUUCGGGUCAACCGGGUCCACCAGGACCUUCUGUAUCAGGACAACUAGCAAUAGGACCAAAAGGGGAAAGAGGCCUUCCAGGGCCCCCAGGAAGAUGUCUGUGCAGACCUCCACAAAAUGUGAAUAUCCCACCAUAUGAGGAAUCCGUGAUUGGACACAGCUCUCCAAAAGUCCCUGCGAUUUUUGUGGUGAACAAUCAAGAGGAGUUAGACCGGGUGAACACUGAAAAUGCGUUAGCAUUUCGAAGAGAUCAGAGAACUCUGUAUUUCAAGGAUCCCAUCGGAUGGCUUCCAGUCCAGCUUACCCCUUUCUAUCCUGUGGAUUACCCUGUAGAGGAUGGCAGCACCUGUGGAGAUGGCAUUAUCCAGGCUGGGGAAGAAUGUGAUGAUGGCAAUACUAUUGUGACAGAUGACUGUAUAAGAUGUCACCAUGCUUAUUGUGGAGAUGGCUACCGACAUGAGGGAGUAGAAGAUUGUGAUGGAAAAGAUUUUGGAUAUUUGACAUGUAAAACAUAUCUCCCUGGGUCUUAUGGAAAGUUACGGUGUACUUCUUAUUGUUAUAUUGACUCUACACAGUGUCGAUAUUUCACAUGAAGGAAAAAUGGAGGUGGGUAGCAUCCCACAUGUGACAGAUACACCAGGUGCUACACUUUCAUCAAUCUGAAAAGGACUAGGAAAUCUACACAACCUCUGUGCAGAGAAAAAAACAACUAUCAUGCUGCUGAUGGCUCUUUGAGAUGUGCUUUAAAAAAAAAUAAGUCUGACUGGAAGAAAAUAGGACCACUGCAUCCUGUCUUAACAGAAAAAUGUCAAACAGUGUUUGCCAAUAAGACUUGUGUUUCACAUGGCUGCCUAUGGGAACUGCUCUUUGUGAGAAUCACCAGACUAAACCACUGGAAAACUGAAUUUCACUAAACAGGAAUAUUGUGUAACAAUACAACAAUACCUCGACUUAGCACUGUUAGACCUACAUACAAACUCUUCAGGGUUUUUGUUUUUAGACUUUCUCAGCAUAAACACAAGGCAUAUCCUGGAUGCGGUGUUUAUAGAGACUAUAUACUCCUUUACUACAAUGUGAACUUUGUAUGCGUUGUAUCCGCAUGAAUUAUAGUUUGUGACUACAAAUUAACCAAAACCCUUACAGGUGAAUUCAGUCCAAUAAGUGUUUUUAAGGACAGCAAAUCAGGGAAAGGGACUGAUUGACUUUAUUGACAGUUUAUACAGUAGAUAAGAAAUUGAGAUGUGUAGAUAUAUGUGUGUAUAUAUGUAAGUAUGCAAGUGAUUCCUACAGGGCCCACAGUUGUUGAACACAAUAGCCAGAUUGGGUGGACAAACUGUGGAAUGGCCAGGAAAUGUGGUCUCUUGAGAGGAGAUCAGACUAUAAAAGAAGGCAAAAAUUUAACACAAAUAAAUAAUUUUCUUAUUCUUUGUCAAGCUGAUUGUCUUCUGUGUUAUUACUGAAUCUUCUCGGAGUGGGAUGGUUUAGAUUUAGAGCUUCCCAGAACUACAUAAAAAAUAUUGUGAAAAUUAAAAUAUGGCCAUUUAGUGCAUGUCUAGACAGCAAAAUUGUUUCGAAAUAACUAGCGUUAUUUCAAAAUAACUUAGUCCACAUCUACACAGCAGGCAGUUAUUUUGAAAUAAUGUCAAAAUACCG